GCUAACAUGUUGUUUACGUUUUUAUAUUACGACUAACAUUAAAUGAACAGAAAUGAAGUUUUUGUUUUAUUUUUAGAUUGAAUUCAAAUUGAAUUCAAACGUGAUUUUGAAAUUUUUUGUACUGUUGAAUUUUGUUUUUUUAAGCUAUUAAUUGUGUUGUAUUGUUUUUGUCACAAUUUAAUACACAUAGAAAUAAGUCUAAGGUUUUCUUUGAUAUCUGCCAAUUUUGCUAAUUAAGAACGAAAUAGCACUAUUUUCCAUCGGUGUUUCGCCCCCAAGCACAUGAUUACUACCGUUAUUACACACGAUAAAUUGUACAAAUACAGAACAAUCAUUCAAUAAACUUCAUAUUCCAAACCUGAAAUUGUAACAAAAGUGAAAAUUUACAUUCCUAAAGAUUCCUGAAAAUAGUGGGCACUUUUUUUUCUAUAACUUUGACAUUUGAAACAUUAAACGAUGUACAAGCGAAUGAAUUUGGCUGGAAAAUUCAUUAGCAUAUAUGGCAAUGCUGAGAAUUACGGCGUUCGAUAUGAAAAAUGUGUUUCGCUACAAAACUUUUGCACGGUACUGUAUAGAAUACGCAAAAUGUCAACUGAAUUUAAAUAUUCCAACGCGAUUUUUUCAUUUCACUUUUUAAUCGUCAGUCACUUGUUAUAUUUGCAAACAGAACGUUUACGUUUUAUCAAGUUAUCGGUGUUUUUCAGCAACGUCUACAAUGGCUAAUUUAAACCGGGCUAUCAUUCCAAUUGCCGAGGCACAAAGAUUCAUUGUGGACUGCUUUCAAUCGUUGAAAGUUCCAGUAAGUCAUGCUAAAUUAAUGGCUGAUUUAUUGGUUGCUGCGGACUAUCGUGGACACUUUAGCCAUGGAAUGAAUCGACUUGAAAUGUAUUUGAACGACAUCCAGACUGGUACUAUGGAUGGGGCAGCUGUGCCAACCACAAUCAAAGAAUCGCCUGCAACGGCUUGGGUCAAUGGUAAUAAUGGGCUUGGUGCAGUGGUCGGCCGAUACUGCAUGGAUUUGGCAAUUAAAAAAGCGAAAAAUGUUGGUGUCGGAUGGGUUUGCGCAAAUCACUCAAAUCAUUACGGUAUCGCUGGAUGGCACUCAAUUUAUGCUCAAGAGCACGGAUUAAUCGGAAUAAGUAUGACAAAUACAUCUCCGGUGUUAUGUCCAACUCGUAGUAAAUCCGCCGCAUUGGGAACGAAUCCGCUGAGUUUAGCAGCACCAGCGACAAAUGGAGAUAGUCUUGUCUUGGACAUGGCAACAACGUCCGUUGCUAUUGGAAAGAUUGAAGUACAACGCCGCAAACAAGCGCCAAUUCCACUGGGAUGGGCUUUGGACAAAAAUGGCAAUCAAACCACUGACGCAGCUGAAGCUUUUGACGCUAGUUUACUCUUGCCAUUGGGUGGUAUGGAGGUUACAUCGGGAUAUAAAGGUUACGGCCUAAGCGCUGUUGUCGAUGUACUAACGGGUGUUUCAUCGGGAGCCAGCUUCGCAACAAACGUAAGAAGAUGGACACUAGAUGGGUCAAGCCAUGAAGAAGCAAAUCUUGGACAAGUGUUUAUUGCAGUCGAUCCAAACUGUUUUGCUCCAGGCUUCGAAACACGCAUGACCGAAUUUAAUGGAAUUCUUCGGAAUUUGCCACCUGCGGAUGAAGAAAAGCCAGUUUUGGUGCCAGGCGAUCCGGAGCACGCGCACAUGGUAAAAGUUGAUAAAGAAGGUGGUAUUCGUUACCACGAAAGUCAACUAGCCAAUUUGGAUGAAAUUGCAACUAAAUUCAAUGUUCCCAAAAUUGGAUCAUUGUAAAUUGAUAAACUUGUACUAAAACGUAUCAUUUGAAUGCCUUAUAAAGAGCGAAAAAAAUUCUCACUGCAUUAAAAACAAAAGAUCACUCGAAAAAGAUAAAUAAAGUUGAAAAAUACCAUUUCAAACAGA